AUGGCCCGCUGCAACUUUCGUGUCAUCGCUGCCAUCGCCCUCGUUCUUGCUGUGGUUGCCUUUGCGGCUCCAGCUAAUGAAGACAAGCGAGCGAUUACGCUCGACGUUACUCCCAUUAUCAAUGCAUUGUCGAGCUUGAGCACGGCGCUCAGCAAUGCUUUGUCUACGCUAAACGGUGUUCAGAGCGGUGCCAUUACAGACGCCAGCGCUGUGGUAUCCGCUGUCGCGAAUGUGGUUAAUCAGAUUUUAGCAGUCGGCACUGCCGUUGCUGCAGCGUUAGCAACUAAGCUCCUCACUGCUGGUCAAGCUCUCGCUUCAGAUGUCAACACCAUUGUCAGCCAGGUCAACACGAUUUCUGGACAACUCCAGCAGUUUGCUAGUGCUCUGACUUCGUCUGCUGUCACUCAGUUGCUGUCACUCAACGGCCUUGCCCUUACUACCGUUAAGGGUUUGGUCACCGGCGGUCUUCAGACACUCAAUGGCAUUCUCGGCUCUCUCGGUACCGUCCUCGGAUCAGCUAGCAGCAGUAUUUCUAGUGCCGUGUCUAGCAUUGCAUCCGCUCUCUCAAACAUCAAGAUUACCAUUUCUGCCACUGCCAGCGGUUAA